AUGGGCGCGUGCUUGCUUCCUUCUGGCGCCCGCAAAAGGGGGAAACCGGAGCGCUCCAAAGAGCGAAAGAAGUGCACAGGGAGGAAAGACCAACCGAAACCACUGCACUCGCCGACCUUUCUUCCACCCGCCCCGUUUCCUACUGUGUUGGCCUCUUCCUCUUUCUGUGCCCGCUCUCUUUUCUACCUGUGCACAGUAUUGGUUAAACUCUGUGACCUAAUUUCUCUGUUGGCAACUGCAUUUUUUUUUAUUUUCUUAUCCUGUCUUUCGACCUUCACCUGAGCCUUUAUAGGGGCUUCUUUUUCAUCAGGAUAUUAUCAUAUCCGAAAUUACAGCAGGGGUUGAGAGAGAGGGAGAGGGGGGGAAAAAUUACCAGCGGAAUGGUAAUCGUUGCUUGUGAGAGGUCACGUUCUGUUUGCUGUAUGUCUUCUUUUAUGCCUGUCCUGUGUUGGUUUCUUUUUUCUUGAUUUCUAAUUACAAAUGGAUGUCUCUGAAACAGUCUGUCAGGAAGUUGGUAAACCGCCUUUCCUUUUACCAGACUGUGAUCCUGGACUUGUCAAGCAAGACCAUUCACACAGUCUGUCAUCUCCUUUCUUUGGCAACACUGAAUUGCAGUCUGCUGGUCCUUUCAACAGGAAAGCAGGAGGAAAGUGUAGGAUUCAAGUGUCUGUGAUUCUGCCAGUCUACAAUGCUGAGUUCUGGCUGGAUGAAUGUCUGAAGUCUGUUCUGGAUCAAGAUUUCCAAGGUUCUAUUGAACUCUCCGUUUUUAAUGAUUCUAGCACGGAUAACUCUAUAAAUAUAAUUAAAAAAUGGAAAAUUUUGUUGGAAGAAGCAGGCAUUCCGGUAGUACUGGGAGAAAACUAUUCAACUCAUCCAGGUGGAGUUGGCUUUGCUAAAAAUUGUGCUAUUGAUCAGAGCUCGGGGGAGUAUCUCUGCUUUCUGGACUCGGAUGAUGUGAUGAUGCCCCAGAGAAUAAGGCUGCAGUGGGAAGCUAAUAUUAAGUAUCCAAGGAAUAUUAUAGGUUGCCAAAUUAAGAGAGAACCAGCAGAAGCAACUCAGCGCUAUACUAGGUGGAUCAAUAAUUUAACACAGGAUCAGCUUCUUACUCAGGUUUUCACAUCCCAUGGACCAACAGUAAUUAUGCCAACAUGGUUCUGUUCUCGGGAAUGGUUUUACCUUGUAGGAAGAUUUAAUGAAGGAGGAAAGGGAACCCCGGAGGAUCUGCUCUUCUUUUAUGAACAUCUUCGAAAAGGUGGGGAAGUGUUUCGAGUUGACCAGUGCCUCCUCCUCUAUCGUUACCAUGCACAGGCAGCCAGUACUGCAGUUUUAGAGGAAACCAUCUGGACACACCGAGUCUUGUUUCUAGAGGAGAGAAUUCUUAGUAAUUGGACAUCCUUCACCAUUUGGAAUGCUGGCAAACAGGGCAGAAAACUUUUUAGAAGUUUAUCUCCAGCUAAUCAGAACAAAGUGACUGCAUUUUGUGAUGUGGACAAAAAUAAAAUCACUAAAGCAUUUUACAUAUAUGAAGAAUCUAAGGAAACUUCCAAACCCAGAAUUCCAAUUCUUCAUUUCAAAGAAGCUUCCCCACCUUUAAUUAUUUGUGUGAAAUUGGAUCUCACAGAUGGACAGUUUGAGGAAAAUUUGAGCUUAUUGAAUUUGAAGGAAGGUGUGGAUUACUAUCAUUUUAAUUGAUGAACAUGGUUUAUUGGCAAGCUUUUCACCAUGAAACAUACUAGAGGAGUUACAAUAUUAUUUUAGUCAAGAUUCUUUUUCUCCACAAUUCUUUUCUCAAAAGAAAUAUAAGUACAUGCAAAUGUUAAAAUAUAAGUACAUGCAAAUGUUAAAAUAUUAUCUGAAAUCAUAAAAGUCAACUAGAGGUAAUACAACAUCAAGCUAAGUGAAUUGAACGUUAGCUAGUUAAGAGUCAUCUCCACAGCAGGGAGGUGGCAGAUAGGGCUCUGCCUGUAUGAUCAUAGCCAAUUUGCCUAAGAAAAUUCUUUCCAGAAUCAAAUUCAGAAGGUGGCAAUGGCAAAUCUUCUCAGUAUUAUUCCCAAGAAAUUCAUUUUGAUAUGGCUGUAAUAUUUUGACAAGUUUCAAUGCCACUUGAUGAGAAAUGGAAGACACACCUUUAGGUACUGGGAAGAACAUCAGGUUUCCACAUAUACAUUAAGGUGAAAAUGAUGGAAGAGCUACACAUAAUUAUAAGAAGCAAUUCAACAUUGAGACAAAUUUAAUUAAUGGUACCUAUUUGAAUUGUUUUCUCUUUUACUUAUUGGUGACUGGAAUAGUCAGCCAUCUUAUUUUGGCAACCCACAGAACUUCUCAAAAUGCUGCAGAAGAAUUUUAGUUACAAUAUAGUAGAACAGUAAUUUUCAAAUUAAACUUAAAAGCUGUAAGUGUGCAUGAUGCUAAAUACACCUGCAAAAAAGAUGUUCCUCUUCAAAUAUAUCCAGAAUCUGUUUUUCCAUUACCUAACAUCAUGUCUUGAUAAUAUCCAACCCCUUGUGUAAUGAGUAUGGUUUAUGAGAUGGCACCAAAAUUCUGUUAUGAUCGGAUUAUUAUUUUUAUAAAGCCUUUACAGAUCAAGCAAUUUCAUCUCUUCUUUUCUAGAAAUUAUAUUACUAUUUUGUUUUCAAAUUUUGUCUUCUACUUCAUAUCCAAUUCUCUAUUUGUACUGUGUGCAUACCUUUUUGCAACUGUGGCUUUUUGAAAUUCCAGGGCUGUACUUAACCGUCCCAAUCUCUCUCCCACAGUCACAAAGGCUGAGAUAGCCACGACUGGAAAGCUGUAGUAUCCUGCCUGUGGCUGAAAUUCUGAUCUGCUUUCUAGUUCUACUUCAUGGUCACAACCUCCUAAAGGCGCAGGCCUCAGCUCCUUGUAUUUGCCCACCCUAAAUUGCUUCAGUGUCCUGCCUCCACCCCAAUAUGCCUUCCCUCCUGGGCUCCACUGAAUUUACCUUGUUCAACUAGUGUCCCUUUGGGAAAUGUCUAACAUUGACAUUGUGUUAUUCCCUUUU